CUGAACAUGGCGAAUUGGAAAAUGUAAACAACUGUUAAGGAAACUGAAAGUAGAGAAUAUUACUUAUUGAAACCCGUGUGGCGGGGAUGUAAGUGCCAGAAUUCAACAAAUAGUAAUAUGUGACAUAUUAACUCCAUUGUAAGAUUCAAGCAGAAGUUUCACGUAAAGGAGUUACAAACAGAAAUCUGUGAUGAUAUCAAGAGAAUGAAAUCAUAGAGAAAUCAAUCUACAAUGAAUGCUAUAAUAUCACUAUGUCACUUCUGUGAGCUACAUGGCCCUCAAGUGCUAUUCUGUACACAGCCGAACCAUCCCCAGGAGUUGGGGAGUGUGGUCAAUGUGGUGGGCGGUGCAGAAGAACAGUACAACACCAUGCAGCUCCUUCUGUCUCGUACACAGGGAGAUGGCGGAGCACAGAGCCUGAAAUCUCCCAUAUCUGAACCGAGCACACCGACUCCCUCGUCGUCUAACUACUGUGAGGGCUGUUACUCUGUGAAGCCAGGCUUUGUAAGUCAUGAUGAUGAUGUGAAGGUUAGCUAUGUCAGUAGUCGACAGCCCCACAACCGAGAGGUCUUCAGCAUGAUCCGACAAGCCUGUCUACGCAGCCUUAGUGGCGAGGUUUGCCCUGGCACUGAAGGACCUAUAUUCUUUGGAAACGACCAACAAGGUCAUGUGAUAUCAUACUCUUUCUACAUAAAGGACUUUCAAGCUCGAGGAUUUCAGAGGCGAUACAGUAUAAUAAUUGUAAUGAUGGAUAAAAUUUACUUGCUGAACUCUUGGCCAUUUUUAGUGAAAAAUCUCAAAAUUGUGGUCGAACACUUGCAAGAGAAAGCACAGAAAGUUUAUGAUGUCGAGCAAGCUAAAAGUCCAAAAGAGCUGACCAAACUAGCAUCCUUCAGAAUUAAUCCCAAACCGGCUCGCUCACUUAUGGAACUAACAGAGGACCGAAACAUUUUUAAGAUUCUUCAUGUUUCGUUCGUUUGGAUACUGAAGGCGUGUGGUAAUCGUAUCACCGAGUCUCUCCUGGAGGGACCCCCGACAGAGGACUCCAUUAUAGACCUGGAGAAACAGGAAGAGACUGAAGAAGGCUUCAUCAAGUUGUUUAAGAAGAGUGAUACAGAGGAAGAAGUGGAAGAGGAGAAGGAGGCAGAGAAGGAAGAAGAGGAGGAGGAAGAAGAGGAAUUAUCAACAUCAGCUGUACAGAACAUUAGAUAUCUCCUGAGGAGUCUUGGUGAGAAGAAGUUCCAUAUACUUGCACACCACGCUGUUAUUGGUAACCAAAUCAUAGUCAGAGGAGCUCUGAAACCAGCUGUCAAAUCGGUUCUUAGUGCGUUGAAGUGUAUUGUACCGAAAGGCUGUUGUCGGGUUGUCUCCUACAGUCAAGAAUACGAAGCAUCCUGGAAAUGCAAUUUCCUUGGCUUAGCUCCGGAUGUUCAUAUUCCAAACCACAUCAUGGCCACAGAAAUGUUUGUACUGGUGGAGGUUAUCUCCCCUGUAGUUGACAGUACUGCUUGUCCUCCGGGCCUUGAUCAGCUGAGGGAGUGUGAUUUCAGCCUGGCAAGCCCAACAUCGUUACCAGAUAAAGGACCAGCUGUUUUGACAAAAAUGGAGAUGGCAUUGAAAAAUACAAAUCUUACUAACGAAGUCCUAGAACAGUAUCUUAUAUGUCUCAAAGAGGAAUGGAUGAAUAAAGUGAAAGUUCUGUUCAAGUUCACAAAAGCAGGUGGCAGUCGGUCUGAAGAGGACACCAAGAAACUGUUACAAGUGGUCGGUGCCCAGGAGGAGGAUAAACAGCUACUGAAGUUCUGGAUGACAGGGCUAAGCUGUCACUACAAAACUCACAUACUGUCUACCUACUAAAUCUCACCACUGACGGCGGAAAUAACGGGGAGGGGGGGUAAUCGUAUCGUCUCGGACAAUUCCGUAAAAGCUUAGAUUCAAACCUCGAAUUUAUACCACAUUUGUAUGUGUACAUUCCGUAAAUCUGAGGUGUGUGGAUGGAAAAAUUGUGAUGUCCAUUGAUGGAUAUGAUAAUGUACAAGAAAAAGCGUAGAGGAAAUUUUUAACUAUUCUAUGGAGAAUAUCACGUCAUCGUCCUUGCUCAGGCUUGUGGGAAAGUUUCUUUAGCAUAAUGUACUUAAUCUGCUGUAGUUGUAGGCUUAAAGAGCCAGAUGUUCCUUAUUCAAGUCCCAGUAUGGACACGUUAUUUUCAUAUGAAAUAUUCACGAGUUUAAAUCUGGUGUAUUGUUUUCAUAAGAAAUGCAGACGUAAAAAGGGAAUUGAUUUUUGUUGUAUUAAAGUGGAAAUGUAGAGAUUUCUUACAAAAUGGGCAGCAUCCAUUCAAGGUUUGGUCACAGACCUCGACAGAAUCAGCUGAGAUGCUGUGACUGAAGGAGAGGAAGGACUUACCAGUCCUAAGAUUGUACACAAUGUAUGGACGACUGAAAUGUGGUGUAGAAAUUCUCAAUGAUGAAGGUGAUCGGGUUCGAGUUACUAAAAGGGAGAGUGGGGUCUGGAGGGAGAUUUCAAUACAUGUAGCUAGUGCUGGAACACAACAGGGGAAACAAUUGAGAAAGAGAUUUUGAGUAAUGUGGUUUUUUUUAAAUACAUGUAUCAUGAACCUUGUUUGAAUGUGUAUUUACAGAAUUGCUAGUUGAUCUAACAACAUAAAACCAGGGUACGAUGUGACUGUGGUUUGAAUAUGUGCAUGCUGCCAAAGUGAAUUAUUUUAAUCAUUUCAGCAUUAUCUUGCCAAUAAUCCUAUACUAUUCAUAAAUAAAUACAAAUACAUGUAUACUGUUCCCAAUUAACUUGUAUUAGAUAUUGACACAGGGGCUUGGAAAAAAUUGCCAACCCACAGUUCAUACAUGUACAUUACAUAACACGACCAUGGGUUAGGAAUUUCUGACAAACUCAUGUGGCUAUGAAGUAAAUAAUCCAAUUACAACAUUACAAAAAGAGGAGUAUACUCAGAGUCAGAGAUAGUAUUUAAACUUUUGCUAGUAUACAAUUACAGAAAUUACGAUACUCCGGUCAAUUAAUUUGUGUUCACCAGUCGCCUACCAAGCCAGGACAGCUACCUCGAUGUGGAUUUUACUUCAUUAAGUAAUUAUGUAUCGCUCCAGUGAGUUACCCCACUACUUAACAUUGUAACAGUUUUCUAUUUGUUUAAAUUGUUUAAAAAUGUGUCUUAAUUUCAGCUAACCAUUACAUGCAUGUAUUUCAUGUUAUUUAUUGUUUUCCAAUAAAAUACAUAAUUGUGAUAUAAA